GCUGCGCUGUGUGUGUAUGUAAGUGUGUGUGUGGUGUAUACAUGUGUGAGAGAGGCAGCGCACAGAAGCGGAUCAGGAUGGCGGAGUGAGGGGUGAGAGAAUGAGACUGCCCAGCUCCGUCCUGGUGUCGGUCUCUCUGUUUACGGCCGAAACCACGGCAGCAUUGUACCUGAGCACAACGUACCGCUCGGCCGGAGAUCAAAUCUGGCAAGGCUUCACUCUGCUCUUUAUGCUGGUUCCGUGCGUGUUGGUGCAGCUCACCCUUAUCUUCAUCCACCGAGACCUUAGCAGAGACAGGCCACUCAUCCUUCUGCUGCACCUUCUGCAGCUUGGACCUGUUAUCAGGUGUUUGGAUGCCUUUUGUAUCUAUGGAAGCUCGGGGAAGGUGGAGGAACCAUAUGUCACCAUUACUAGGAAGAAACAAAUGCCUCGAUGUGGCCAGGCAGAGGAGGUGGAACAUGAAGUCGGGCAGGCAGAGGGCAAGUUGGUGGCUCAUCGAGCGGCCUUCGCUCGCACCUCCGUCAUUCAGGCUUUCUUGGGCUCCGCCCCUCAGCUCACACUGCAGCUCUACAUCUGUGUGCUGCAGAAGGAUGUUUCCAUUGGGAGAGGCACCCUGAUGGUCAUCUCUCUGCUCUCCAUUGUGUACGGUGCACUGCGCUGCAACAUCUUAGCCAUCAAGAUCCGUUACGAUGACUAUGCGGUGUCAGUGCAUCCCAUGGCGUAUGUGUGCGUGUUGCUGUGGCGCAGCUUUGAGAUUGCGACACGCGUUGCUGUGCUUGUGCUUUUUGGCUCCGUGCUGAAGGCCUGGCUGCUGCCUGUAGUCAUGCUCAGCUUCUUCGCCUUCUUCCUCCAGCCUUGGGCAUCAUUCUGGCGCAGCGGCUCACCCUUUCCCGAGAGCAUUGAGAAGACACUGACACGCGUGGGUACAGCCACUGCGCUCGCCAUGCUCACUUUUCUGUAUGCAGGGAUCAACGUUUUCUGCUGGUCGGCCGUGCAGCUCAAGCUCGACGACCCUGACCUGAUCGACAAAAAUUAUGGCUGGAGGCGAGCAACUGCCUACUAUUCUAUACGGUUCAUUGAGAACAUAGCGCUCACAUCACUCUGGUUCUCCAACCGCACUGAAUUUUAUCGACAAGUAGAUGCACCAGUGCUUGAGCUGCUUCUGUUUCUUAGCUAUGCCUUUGCUGUCUUCUUCAUGCUCCUCUUCUACCAGUGCUGCCACCCCUGCAGGCACCUGUUCUCCUCCAGCCCGGUGCAGGGACUGGGGAAAUGCUGUGGCUCACCACGGGUGCCGGCUGUCUCGUGUUCGCAGCCCACAUGCAUGCACGGAAAAGUGUCAUUAGAAAGCCCUGAUGAAGCCAAAGACGUGGAACAUGAACCAAUUUCCAGCACCAAUGGAGAGAUACACCAGUGUCUGUGCUGAGUCCCUGGUGAAGUAAAGAGCCACAGUACAGAUGGAGAAAUGGAGUAGGUGGCAAAUCACGCGGACGUUCUUAGUGAGCAAACACUUUAGCUGAGAAUGAAUUAUUUUAAGGCUUUAAUAUACUGUAUGAAGCUGAACUUUCCUGAGCUGAUUUUUUUUAAGUGCCCUUUAUGGACCAGAAGCUUAAUGUAUGUUCGGUGGAUUACGUAAAAAGUCUUCAUAAGCCUUCCUUAGCUUUUGUUUUCAUUGGAUUUUAAGACAAACCAGUGAGCAUGAUUGUGGCCUGGGUUGUUUAAGCGCUUUUGCUGAAUGCAUGUGCUAUAUAACAACAUGAGAAUGCUGCUUUCGUCAUGUAAGCUGCAGUCUGCUUGUCUUUCAUUUUCUCUCUAAUUUCUAUAAUGAUGUACAUGUCUACUGUUUCUUGGAAAAAUUAUUUUUUUUUUUACAUUUAUAAAUUCUGUAAAUAUAGAAACACUUAUUACGAGAGUUUCCGUAUCAAUGACACGAAAGCAGCAACGGUUACAUUUUAUUUUUUUCUUUCAUUAUCAACCGACUCACAAAUGAGAGCAUAUACAAUCUAAACAGUUAAUGGUCUCCUGAUCAGCAGCUUAGACCAUUUAUCCUUCACUUCACCACGUCUGCAUUAUUAAUGCAUCAUCUCAUUGCCACAAGUCCACAGUACAUCUUUGCAUCACCUCCAGUGUUUGAACUGCAUUACAUUAAAAUGAUUUGCUUUUGGAUGUCCAACAUGAUUCCAGGUCAAAUCAGGAUCAGACCUUGGUGCGAUGCAUCUCACAAAACUUCAGAAUUGCUUUUAUUUAACUGCAUAAUUAAUAUAAUCCUAUAAUUACAAACAUUUUUCAUUUAAGUUUAGUAUAAGCAGUAAAACUUAAUUAAGACAUAAAAUAUUUUUGUCAGCUGUAUGUAAUAUAUUUUUCGAUUUCUUGGAUUCUGACAUUCCUGUUGAACAUGUAAAUGCUUACAGCAACAUAAGCUCCAAUCAUAUCAGAAAAUCACCAGAAUUGGUGUCUUCGAUUGUUGUAUUCUCCCUUGUGUUGUGUUUUAUUUAAAGCUACUUAUUCCAUGCUGAUGUUGAUGGAUCAAGAGCAGCGUCCUUUUACCAGCAUUCACCUCGAACAAUGUUUUAUACACUGAUUCAUAAGGAUGUUAAAUGACAUGCUAUGUUUAAAUAAUGUAGGUUAUAAUUAAGGUUAGUGUAAGAUUUUUUUUAGGAUUUUUUAAGCCCUGCUUGUUGUAUUAAGAAUGAUUUGCUCUGUAAUUUAAAUAUUGAAUUUUUCACACUUAUAUUUUGCACUUAUAUUGAUUCACGCACUGCUUUCUCAAUGAAACGAGACCACGUUUUGCACACUAUACAUUUAUAUCAGAGGGAGAGAGAAGGCUUUGACGAUAGUAUUGAAGUCUUCGGCGCCCUCUGGUGUUUGGGUAACUGAAAAUAAUCUUGUAGGUUGUCUUCUUAAUGUUUUCUUAAUAGGUGACCUACGAAUGUCUGCUUGUUACAGCUUUCUUCUGUAUGUGGAGUCGGAGAAAAUAAAAAAAAAACGAAAGAUGAUA